AUGAGUAGGCUAAAAGAGAAUGAAAUCAGAUUGCAGGCAAUUGAAUCUCGGAUUAUUGAUCUUACAAAUUGGACCGAAGUUGAGUGGACAAGGAUUUUAAAAACUAAUGAUAAGUCAAAAUUAAUAAGAUUGUGUCAGAAAAAGCUGCUAAGGGAAAAAAUCGAUAAGAAAGUCUUAGAUUUCUUUCAGAAACUGCCAAUUAAUUUGAGAACUCUUAAUGACCUCCGUAAAUGGGAACUUGAGCUUGAAAGUUUUGGUUCAGAGGAUGGAAAACUAGCCUCUCAAAUUGUCUCAUUCUUGGAGCAUGACUAG